CAUGUGCGGUAUGGCACCUGACACGAGCAUAUACGGUGUUAAGUCUUAUAUUUACCUCGAGUGCAAUCGGAACCGAUUCCGAAUUGAAUGAAUUAAAUCAAAACGCAAAGUGCAUCAACCAAAACGGCGAAAAUUAAUCGUGCCAGAAAAAAAGCACUCUGCCUGUGAUAAAACCCCCACUUGAGUUUUGCCACAACUUUGGUGUGAUAAUUUGUGUCCCCUCCGUUACAAUCGGGAACCACACAGAACCAAAACUCGAAGAGAGUGUUCCAUAGUGCAACGAAAUUUUCAGAUUGUGACAGUGGACAAGUGCGAUUCAACAGUGAAACGGGUCCGGAGGAGGUCUGGAAGAAGAAAGCUUUUGUGCAAAGUUGUUGGAUUGAAAGUUGCUUCGGGUGAUAGGGCGCAGAAACGUUGCUGCUGGCAGAGAGCAGUAAAACUAAGAAAACAAGAGCGACGCCCUAAAACAGCCCUUAAACUUCCCACAUACAUGUGCUGGCACCAGUGCCACUUUUCGAGAGCUGGACGAUGAAUUCAACCCCACGAGAGCGAGAUAAAUCGCACACAACAAACGAACGUUCGACAUGUAGUUCCUUGAAUCUGCUACACGCCUUAUCGGACGACAGCGAGAUAGACUGCCUGGAGGAAAAUAUCGUUAUUGAUGAAAUAACGGAGCUGGAACCGACCUCGAUGGUUUUGCGGUACUGCAAAGGGAAGUUCCUUCGGCCCUACGUCUGCAUCCUGGGUUUGGUUGGACUGCGGCCAAACGCCGUCGAUGUGGACCUUUGUACCCUGCUGGGUCACUUGCAGUCGAUCAUGGUGCUGACGCUUCUGCUAGCCGGCUAUGUGCUGCAGUAUCUGUCCGGAUUUCGACGUGACCGAGGCUUCUCAACACUGGACCCUCCACCCGCCAUCGGUGAACUCUCACACCAGAUAUCAACCACCAACGAUGACUUUCCAGCUCCGGUAACCACACCGGUUCCGACGAGCGUUGGUUUUGCAACCGUUUCCGGUUCGAUUAUGAAGACAAUAAUGCUCAAUACCAGCGAAAUGAUAUUCAUUUACAUCAUCCCUGCGCUGUUACAUCUCGGCGGAUUUGUGAUCGGUAUUUACAUUUACCGCUUUGCCGAUAACGAACACUUGCAGUGUUUGAUAGAAAAGGUUUUCAUCCUGUGCAACGUUCCCCGCCGGUUGGUGGUGACACUGUGGGUCUACUUUAUUCUCGGAGCGCUCUGGCUGGCUGGAUCCACGGCAUACGUCUAUUUGCUGACGUUGAAACAUUCAUACGUCAUCGCCAGCUUCCCCAGGUGGAAUUCGUGGGACGAGCUGGACCCAACCGAACGGGACUAUGUUCGAAUUUUCCUGUGUGUUUCACUGUUCUUUCACGAUCUGGUCCAGGUCGUUAUCAUCAUCAGCUACAGUCUUAUGUGCUACUUGCUGCGCUGCUAUCUGGUGGGGCUAAAGGAAAAGCUGCUACUGCACACCAUCGAACCCCUCAACUGGAUGCGGGAGAUUUGUGAGUUCCGCAAGCUGUUACAUCAUCUGAAUGCGAAAAUCUCGUUGCCCGUUGCCUGCCUGGCGUUGCUGAACCUGAGCUACAUGUUCUCCAGCGUUGUGCAUCUAUUCCAGGACAUGAAUUCCUGUCCAAUUAGAGUGUUUAGCUACACCGUUGCCAACGUGCUUCUGUGGCUGGUCAUCUCGUUGAUGUCGUUCUUCCAAGCAGCAUCCCUCACGGCAUCCUGUCGUCAAACGCAAACCUGUGGGCACCUGAUCAGCAUCCGUCCGUUCGUUCACCGGAACACUUCGUCGGAGGAUUUGAACACGGUGCUGCUGUACGCCUCAUCGCUGAACAUGUCGGCAAAAUUGUUCCGCAUGCCAAUCAAUGCCCACUAUCUGUGCUUUGUCGUGUUUGUUAGCAUUUUGGCACUGCUAACGUUCGGGAUGUGUCUCAGCUUGGCAAUUGGCGGCGAUGUACCCUAAUGAGUAACGUACAACAAUAUCGAAGCGCGUCGCCAUGUGGUAUACAUCGGAAGUCCCGGUGUGGAGUAUAUCUAUCCAGGCUAUGACCAGGGGUGAAGGCGAUAAAAAAGGCUGUAAUGUAUUACAGUUACCACGAGAUCAAUUAAAACAUCGCGCCUGCCUGGCUAUGCAUAAUUAAAAAAGGGAAAUCGGCAUGCAAACUAAAAUAAUAUCCUAUCAAGCAUAACUGAACAUUCAUAGUUCGCUUGAACUUGAACACGUGUUUGGGAGAGUAUUGAAUUUAUUCAAUUUUGAACUUGUAUAAAUCUUUAUUUAAAACACUCGUGUUUUGCUAUUUGUACACCAAAACUUUAUAUAAUUAAGGGUUCAAAUAUAUUCUGGUAAUAUGUUAUUCCUUAUUGUAA